AUGGACCACAUACUUGACACCAUCAUCCUUGUUCUACCUUAUAAAUUUCAUUUUAUAAAAAAAUAUGUUGAUGACAUAAUACUAGCAUUACCAAGCACGGGCAUAAACGAUAUACUUUGGUAUUUUAAUAGUUACAACCCCUACAUUCAAUUCACAUUAGAACGUGAAGAUGCUACAGGUUCAGUACCUUUUUUGGAUACCAAAUUGAUACGAAAAGGUACCCAUUUGCUGGUUGAUUGGUAUAGAAAACCUAUCAGUUCGGGUAGAUAUCUCAAUUUUUGGUCAUACCAUAAAUAUUCAAUGAAACUUAAUUUAGUUAAAGAAAUGAAAAAUCGUGUCCUUAAAAUCAGCGAUACCACUUUCCAUACAAAAAAUCUAAAAAUUCUUUAUACCCUAUUCAUUGAAAACUCAUACCCAAGUACACUACUACAGAAAAUUUUGUUUAACACUCCACAAAAUUCAAGUAGUCUUUUAAGAAACGAGGAAAAUAUAUCUUUAUCACAAGAUAUGAUAGGACCUGUAGAUCCUUUACCAAAACAAACCGCAAUUAGAUAUGUAUCGCUUCCAUAUAUUAAGGAUAUUUGCCUUAAACUUAGUAGAAUUUUUUCAUCUAUUGAGAAUAUCAAAAUUGCAUUUAAAACAGUACUAACAGUGAACAAAGUUUUUUCUAAACUCAAAGACCAAUCCUCACUCUUGUCCUUAACGGAUGUUGUUUAUUGUAUACCGUGCGGAUCAUGUGAACAAGUAUACUAUGGUCAAACAUCAAGAUGCCUUAAAGACCGAAUGACAUCCCACAAGUCUGAUAAUAGACUACAUCCUGAAAGAAGUGCAUUGGGUGAACAUGCAUUUAAAAAUGGGCAUCGGAUAGAUUAUAAUAACAUCAAAGUAGUAGAACAGGAAAGUAACAUCACCAAAAGACUUUUUCUUGAAAUGGCCUACAUUUGCCAAGAUAUUAAUGCAAUGAAUCAUAGAACGGAUAUUGGUCAUCUAAAUGAAAUGUUCUCCUAUCUGUUACUACUAGAUAAAUGCAACAAUAACAAAACCAAUAAUUUAUCAAUGGACAUUUAA